AUGUCUCACUUAUGGGCUGCUCAGCGAUCUUUUCCUCCCAGUUACCUUCCACAGGGCAAUGGAGCUCAUUACUCUAAGUUUGAUGGGCUGACCCACUCGCAUUUUGCCAAUCCAGCUAGUUUGAUUCCACAAGGCAUCGACGUCCAACCUUGCAGGAGCAGUUCUAGCCUAGAUGAUGAACCUGCCGGAUUGCAACCGGAAGGUGCGGACAUUGGACAUCACGGUGGUUCGCAGGAUGACUUGCCGGUCGGUGGCAAGCCAGUAAAUUCUUUUCUUCAAGCGGGCGGCCAUCAAAAUGCUGUGAAGCUGUAUCAAAAUGAUCCUACCAAAAUUAUCAAAGACACCUACAUGCGAGAGGUAUUAUUUUAUCAAAAGCUGGCACACAAGCUCGACAACACCUUGGCAAUACCUUGGGGUGGCUGGAAACCUUAUUAUUAUGGUUGGGAAGAGCUCUCUGGAACAAAGAAUAACGGCGAGCUUGCACGCAUCAUUCUGGAAAACUUAACGCCAGGGACUUCGAGCACAGAAUAUGAUCCACAUUCCAAUUAUUUCUGGCAUCCCAAUGUCUUAGAUAUCAAGCUGGGCAAGCAACUGGCCUCCGAAACUGCAGAUCCCGUAAAAAAGGCGCGCAAGGAGGCUAUGUCGCGCAAAACUACAUCGGGAACAUUUGGUAUGCGCCUGACUGGUGCUGCAAUUUGGGACAAUCAAAACUUAGGGUACAUUAAAAAAGAUAAAAAAUACGGCCAAGACGCUCGGGUUGAUGGAAGUGAUCUAGAAGAAAUAUUCAACACACAGUUUCCAAUUCACCACCGUCGGCGGAAAAACGUUGUCAGAAGCACUUUGACUUACUCUAGUGGCGGCUUAUCACCAAGAAUGAUGCAGAUGGUCCUGAACUCUUUGAUUCCUCAAGUCGAAAAAUUAUUGAAACAUGUCUCCGAAUUCAAGUGGAGUAGUCCGGCCACAAGUGUGCUGAUCAUUUACGAAGGAGAUGCACGAAGAUUGAAAAAAGUGAUUCAGUCAACCAACCAAAUAUUGCCGAAGAUUUCAGACGUCAGACUGAUUGACUUUGCGUAUGCUACAGAAGCUACAAAAGUUGAUGAAGGCCUAGUCUUCGGUCUCAAAAAUACACUCGGGCACUUGGAGAAGCUUCGUCGCAACAUUGAGGAGUUACACUUACCUAAAAACAGUCUCAGAUGA